GCCAUUUACCAUUUCACAUCUGAAGCUGCACCUUUGAAUCAGAAUCAGACAUACUUAAUAAUCCCAGAGGGAAAUUACUUAACUUUGGUGGACCAAGCAGACAUAGAGAGGCAGAAGGUUGUCAUUGCCGACCUCAUCAAGUUAUCUGCAGAUGAGUUAAUUAGUUCUUUAAUCUUUUUAUCGCAUGCAGCAAGGUUAAAACUCUUUAAAUUAUUUAACUUCAUUCAGAUUCCGACCAAAAGGACUCAGAUUUAAGAGGUUGUGGGACAACUUACAUUGUUAUAUCAAUGUAAGUCACAACUAGAAGAUGAACAAUAUCUUCAGUUACAGGUUGAGCAUCAGAUGGUUUUGGACAGAGUGAGCUCUCAAAGGCCGAGGUGAGGAUGGAGGAAGCUGACGCUGAGACCAAGGACCUCAGAGCUCCUGAUGUCAGCGAGUCUGCGUCUCACCAGAGAAGUGUGUUCUCCACCCUUCAGGUGAAAUCUUCACACAAUCAACCUCAGCAGGUUGAAUCAUUGCAGGAGCUGGAAUCACAGAACAGCUCUGCAGUUUAUAACGCAGCACCUAGAACAGAGCCAGUCUUGCCAAAAUUUAGAACAGAACCUCUAAAUUUUGAGUUUACAGGAAGUACUUCCACAGACUCCAUGGGAGAUGCUGGAAGUCAGACUGUCCAUGAUGAAGCCCUGCUUCAUCCUGCUGCAGUGGACAGCCCCAAAGAGUACCAGAGUAGCCUCGCUGAGCUGCUGCUAAUGGAGAACCGGAAGACUAGUCUUCUCAGACAAGCUGCUAGUCUAACGAGGAGUGGGACUAAACUACCAAGCAACUUGCACAUCAAAAUGCACAACCUUACACACACAUGGCGACUACUUGAGAAAAUUCUCUCAGAGCAUUCCAUGCCAUGUUCUUCUGAGCAAAAGCCAUCAUCAAAUGGGGAUACUUUGUUGGUUUGUGGUGAAGAUGUUACUGUUGAAAGUCCCCACUCAGCCUUGUCCUCAAUGACUAAUUCACUGUUGGAGCAGCUGGAGGCUCGCAUCAAGGAGCUUAAGGCAUGGCUUCGGGACACAGAGCUGCUCAUCUUCAACUCCUGCCUCAGACAGGAGAAGAAAGCCUCUGAGCAACUUCCAAGUUUCAAGUCCCUGUGUUCAGAGAUUCGAAUCCGACGCCGAAGAGUGGCUUCUGUUCUCAAACUGUGCUGGAAGCUUCUGCAGCAGAGCCAGUCGAGCCUGAUCGCUGAAGUGGGCCCAGAUGCAGAGCAGCACCGAGAGGCCCUGCAGCUGUUGUCAAUCAACCUGGAGAGAAGGUGGGAGGCAAUAGUGAUGCAGACAGUGCAAUGGCAGAACAGACUGAAGAGAGAGCUGGGAGAGCAGCAGAGAGAAUAUCAACCCAACAACGUGACCUUCACAAGAGUUUGGAAAUACGGGCCCCAUCCAUUUUCCUUUCCAUGAAAAGGUAAGGCCAACA